AUGCGCACCCGUUCGCAGCAAGCGUCCCCUGGUGGCCUGGUGUCACUCGAUGAUGAUCGUGUUCCUCGUCGGACUAGGUCCACAAGAAGCAACACACAGCAGGAUGCCACAAUCUCAGCAACCUCAUCGCAGUAUGCGACCCGUGCGAAGUCCCAACGCGCAACUAAAAAGGGCGAUAGUACCGCGAAGAAAUCCACCACCAAGGCCCAGUCGCGCAAGGCCACCUCUACUAAGCGCACGACGCGCCGGUCAACCCGCAACGCGGAUAAAGCGGCGUCUGACGAAGAUGUACAAACCCAUCAUGAGGAAGAGGCAACGGUCCCGAGCACAUUGGAAGCCGACAACAAUGAUUCGGAGAAGAACAUUGAACCCCCCAGAACCGAGCCCAAGGAGUCGGACCCUGAAUCCUCCUCCCCAAUGGACCCUAGCCCCAAGGACGCCGACGAGGACGACACCCCGGACUCCCGGGGAGCCUGGGCUGUCUCGUGUCUGCAGCCUCUCCUCGACGACCUGAGCAGUGUUGGCUCACCUCUUUCGGAGAGGUCGAAAACGCCAUCAUUGGCGUCGGAGGAUCAGACCGAGGCAGUCCUGGCACCACGCACCGCACAGGAGUCAGGCGCUAUCGACAUCGAGUUUCCGGAGGGAAACGAUAAGCGCUCGACUUCGACUCCUGUUGCGGGGGACCGCACCCUCGAGCCGCCUGCGGGACAAACCGUGACGGGGCCAAUGGAAUGGCGGAGGACCGAAGUCAUCACUUCGAUAUCCUCCGAGCAGUCUGCCUCCGUUGCGGACUCCGGAGAAGAGGCAGUCGUGGAGGACGAGCAGGUUGAAGCGCUGAUUUCAGCCUUCGCUGGAUUGUCUUUGGACAGUGUUACACCUCGCUCGUCUAAUGAAGCGGCUGUCCCUUUGAUGGAGUCGACACCCACGCCGACUGGAGAGCUUGCUGGGCCCUUGAAUUGGGCUCAGCAGGUCCCUUCCACGAGCUAUGUUCACCGCAUCACAGGACAGCUUGUGGAAGGGCCGUCGGCGUCGGUUGAGUUGGCGAGGGUGGCCAAGGCCCCCUCGACCCCUCAGGAUGGGGUUCGGGACUACUUCCUGCGAAAGAGGCGGCGUGAGGUCCAGGUGUUGUCUCCGCUGCGGGAAGAAAGUCCCGACCCCGGCUCAGGUGCCCCCAACGUGGUGUCCUCCCUGGGAAGUCCAGGGAAACAAACAAUGAAAGCCAAGAGAAAGAAGCUGACGCGCCGCGUAGCAAAUAAGAAACGCGCGAUUUCGGAAAUCAGCGACGAGGCCGAGCCUGAGACGCCCGUGGCGAACAAACGCCGCAAUCUUGGACCCCCAGGAAGCACCCCAUAUCGCCCUGCAACUCGACCCCGUGCCUUGACGGCGAACAUCGCGCCACACUCCGAGAGACGACGACGCCGCGCGGUCGAACGAGAGGGCCGUAUCCAUUCAACCGUUUUCCGCGUGUCACAGUUACUCGAUCAGCAGGCUGCUGAUCGGCAGCGCCAGGCAUCCGAGUUAUCUGCUUCUCCCAGUCCAUUCCCACAACCGCCACAGUCCAAGUUUGACUUCUCCAUUGAUGGGGACCACUCGUCUAACCGAGGUGUAGAACAAAACCAAACCUCAGCUGCUUCGUCUUCGGAACAGUUAUCUACAGUCCAGCAACCGUCUACUCCCGAGCGCACUCACAGGGGCUGGAAUAUCCGGGGCCUCCUCAACUCUGUACCUCGCCGCUUCUCUCGGAUUCUGCACCCUUUCGGAGGAAGUCCUGAACGAGCUGAAGUGUCGGAGCCAGUGCCCCCACAACCAUCUUCCGAGCGUAUCACCCGCACACUCCGCACGCAAUCUUCUCAGCCGCAACCAACCGUCUCUGAAAACCAAGUGCAGACCAGUCGCAGUCCCAGCGAGGAACCGCCUAAGAAGCGACCUCGCAGAUCCUGGUCUCUCUUCCCAACACCUAUUGACAGGUCCCUUUACCUUGGGGAUAUCUACAAAAAGGAUACGUCUAACAAGAAUAUCUCUAAAACGGAGCCAGCGACCUCAUCCUCUGCUCCUUCCGAAUCUCGUUCUACUGAAGAACUGCCAAUGCCACUGUCAGUGGAAGAGCCUAAACCACAAGAGCCCACCGUUUCAGACAGCCAGGCAAGUGUAACUCGUGGACGCGAGGUUACUUCUCAGCAGGCCAGCGAGGCACAGGAAACGCCAAAGAAGCGCAAGCGGUCCCCGUCGCCUGAUGUGAUUCCCAACCCGCCGGGAUGUAGCUAUGGAAUGGAUUUGGACUACUUCUGCUACAGCUCCGAAAGUGAAGAUGAGCAGGAAACUUCUUCACGAAUUGAACCAAAGAAAACUGGGAUCCUGGCCAAGACAGCUGUUCGCAGUGCCCUUCGCUCGGAGCGUCCGUCAUCAAAGAAAGUCCGGUUUGACGCGAGUCCAGAGAACACUCCAUCCAAGCUCAGACAGCGUGCUCGUGCGACUGAUCCGUAUCGAGGAAGACACUUCAUUGGAAUGGGCAGCGACUCUAACUCCCUCUCUACUCCGGAGACCCCAACACGUGCCCCCGAUUCUGCUCCCGCUCCAGCGCUUGAAGUCGAAGAUCCACGAAGCCGCCCUGGUUUUGUCCCGAACACACAGGGUACAUUCCAACUGGAUUACGAUGCUUUUUCGGAUGACUCUGAAUCAAGCGGAUCCGCUGGUGCAUCUCCUGCAGCCAAUUUGUCUGCCCCCAGCCCGCAGACUGCCACUCCGGUUGCCGCACAAACCCCGGAACCCCGUCCGACUCCACGUCCAGCUCCCGCUUUUGCACUUCCGUCAACACCGGCGAAGAUCGACGAUGAAGCCCUCGCCAGAGCUCGCUCUCAGGCAGAGAAAUACAAGCCUAAGACCCCUAGUGGCCUUCGUACUGCAAGCCGGUACUCAAGCCCUUUGACAGCCACACCUGACAUGGUUCCCAUGUCCGUCGCAGCUACUCCAGUACCUGCGUCUGCAGCCGUGCCAGCCCCUCAAUCUGAGCAUCGGCCCAUUGAAGAUUUUGGUGAUGAUGAGUUUGCUCGCGAGGCUCAGUGGCUUUAUGAAAAUUGCCCAUCUGGAGACCUUCGUGAUCUUGAGUGGCCUCAGCCCGUGACAUAUGAAGAGCAAGGCUUUAGUCGUGAGGCGAUCGAAUUUGUGAAUGAAGUUUGGGACCCCUCGGUGGUUGAUUAUGCUUAUGACAACAUUUGGACUCCCGGUCUGGAGGCAUUCAAGCGCGAAUUGGAAAUGGGGAUGUCUGAAGCUACUCUCGCAUAA